UCGCCAAAAGGUGCAUACCCGAUGACCCAUUCAGCAAGGCCCCAGUCCGACACAGCCUUGCGAGGACGCUCUUUUAGUGAAGACUUGACUUCCUGCCACUCCUUGAGUAUUUGCGACACCAAAAGUCACUGCGUGCGAUGUCUGGCGCCGAGCUGGGUUUGGGUAUUGUAGGAGCCGUCGCUGCUGUCGAUGUUGCAAUAAAGUAAGCAUAAAGUAUCGGUGCAUCUCUGUCAUUACGUGCCAGUAAUGGCGAAGAAGACGGCUGACUUCUUAUCAAAUGAACAGGGCUUGCAAGGCAGUAGUCGAAACCUGCCACAAUUUCAAGAACGCCGAUGUACAACUUCAUGAACGAAAUGUUCGCCUGCUAAGCAAUUGUUUGCAACUAGGGAAGCAACUCGAGAUCUUCCGUCAAAUCGCAGACCAGCUCGAUGAUCAACGCCAGACAGCCCAGUUGGAUGUCCUAGAUAUUCUAGUACUCAAACUGAAUUACGUAGAUGCUAAACUCAAGUAUUUUAGUGAGAAUCAAUCAUCAAAAUGGGCCAGGGCGAAGUAUGUUGUUCAGAAGAGCAAUUUGGACAAGGCUAUCAACGAUAUCGAGUCAUGGCAACGUCUCUCGUUCAAUCCACUCUGGCUUGAGACCAUGAAGGUCCAGACGCAGCAAAUCGACCAGCCACUCAGACGUGCCAAAGAGAGUUCUCCACCCCAAGACAGCAACAUAAUGGCCGCAGCUAUAGCUAUUCGCAAUCCUUUGAAAGACGUCAACACCGCUCGUGUAUUCCUCCCUGCAACGAAGUUGGAGUCUGCCGAGAUUCUCGAUAUCGAGUAUAGUUCUGUCAAAUACGUCAACAUCGACAACAAGUGGCGGGUCCUAGAUUCCGUGUCUUACCUCCAGAGAGAUGCCGUUCGCGAGCUGGCAGUGAGGCUGAAGAGGGCAGAUCCUUCGACAUUCGGCCUUCUCACUUGCCUAGGCGCAGUCCAGGACGAGAGAGACCACACCUGUAGUCUCGUGUUCCGGAUCCCAGAGAGCAUCUCGAUGCCCGUCACGCUCAGGGCGAAGAUAAUGUCGACAGAUACGACGCAUUCCCUCUCCGACCGAUUCCGCCUCGCCACCCAGCUCGCCCGCGCCGUCUUCUCAAUCCACACCUUCGACAUGGUGCACAAGAGCAUCCAGCCGGAAAACAUAAUCCUCUUCGACGACCCCACCUCGACCCUCGGGUCAGCCUACCUCUUCGGCUUCGAGAAGAUCCGCCUCGACACAGGCGACACCGUCAUGGCCGGCGACACCGACUGGACCAAGAACCUCUACCGGCACCCGCAGCGCCAGGGCCCCCGGAUCCAGGAGCGCUACGUCAUGCAGCACGACAUCUACAGCCUCGGCGUGUGUCUCCUCGAAAUCGGCCUCUGGUCCUCCUUCGUCAACUACGUUCCCGGCGGGGACUUCCAGCCAUUCAAGUCCCAGGCGUACCCAAUGAUCUACGGUGACGAUUACUACACGCCUAGGGGAUCGGAGGCCACGAAGGGGCAUCUUCUCGCGCUUGCGGUGUAUGAGCUGCCGAAGACGAUGGGGUCGAAGUAUGCGGCGAUUGUCGAGUCGUGUCUUACGUGUUUGGACUUGGGGAAUGAGGAUUUCGGGGACGAGGAUGAGUUGCAGAGGGAUGGGGAGACAGUGGCUGUGAGGUAUAUUCAAAAGGUUCUCAUGCAGUUAAGUGGGAUUUCGGUAUGAGGGGUUUGCGCAGGGGGCGUUUGUCCUGCCAUGCAGCAUACAUAGCAUUGGUCGAGUCUUUUCGAACAAUCCACGAAAGCUUUCAUGUUCAUGAUAUUUCACAUAUAACGGGAUCCUGGGUAUAUUUUGUA